CGAGUACCUCGCGCCCUCUUUAUAUACCCGCCCACAAUGUCCGACGCAAAGAUCCAGGAUCUGCUCAACAAACCCCGCAACGAGCUAACUGAAUAUGAAGUCUCGCUAGUCGAAGAACAUGAGCUUACUGCCGGUCCGCUAUCUCUGCUCCAAACAGCCACCCGCACCCACACACAAGUCCUGAUCUCUUGCCGCAACAACCGCAAGCUCCUCGCCCGGGUGAAAGCCUUCGAUCGGCACUGCAACAUGGUACUUGAAAAUGUCAAGGAGAUGUGGACCGAGAAGCCCAAGGGUGGCAAGGGUCGUGGCGUCAACAAGGAUCGCUUUAUCAGCAAAAUGUUUUUGCGUGGUGACUCGGUCAUCCUCGUCCUACUCAGCUAAAUGUGUGUUGCUUUGAUACGACAUGAUACAAAAUUUCUGAAAUCCCGUUUUUUCAUCAGCGAUACCUUACCUUUCCUCAAAAUGGGCGGAUACUCAGGAGACGAGAAGUCGGCGUUUUCAUGGUUUUUUUUCUUCGGGAAUGUAUAAAAGUCUUGCACGCGUUACACUCUGUGUGAAGGCAAGUAAUUAGGUAUGAAGACUGAUAAAAAUAGAUAAAAGGGAAUCAAAAAAAUUAGAAAGAUGAUA